GACCAAAAGAAAACUUUAUUUAGCCGGCCACAAUGACAGCAUUCACGUCAGUGCAUUCACAUGUCUGUCCUUCUCUUUACCGAGUUGUCACCACACGUAGCAACAUAAACAAACGUUUUCUGCGGCCUGGAUACGGGGUUAUAACUAGGACGCACAACACUUGUCUACAGAGUGAAGAUUGAGGGAACUGGCAUAUUUUCUCCGCCAGUUUGACGUGUAAUUUUCUUUAAUUUCUCGUUGUUGUUGUUGUACAAAAAACAUGUCCGAGAAGGUCGCACCAGCCGGCGAGAACUGGCAGCAGCCCCCACCUGCGUAUCCGACCCAGGCCCCGCCCGACUCCCAGCCGACCCAGGCCCCGUACAGCCCUCCCCAACCUGCGAACUACCAACAGGGCGGAGCAGUACAGUCCACCACUACGGUCUUCGUUCCCCAGCCCGUACCUGGAGCGGUGGUAGUGACCGCUAACCCCCCGUCCCGCUCCAACCAGCCCGUCCGGCUGACGUGCCCCUCCUGUCACCAGGACGUCCUGACCACCGUGCAGCCUGAGAUCGGGAUGUUCACCUGGCUCAUGGUCGGGGCAGUCUUUCUCUUUGGGUUUGCGUUUCCACUGGUGUGGCUGGGUUGCUGCUUCAUCCCUCUGUGCAUCAAGGAUUUCAAGGACGUCAAACACACCUGUCCCAACUGCCAAACCCACCUGGGGACCUACAAGCGGGGCAACUGAACACUAAAAAUCACCUGACACGAUGUCGCUGUGGAAAAGUCAAACCCUUUCCAACAUAAAGCUUGAUAAAACUGCACUCAGAUUGAGUUAUGGACACUGGAGUUUUGUUGGGAAGGGGGUAUCUGUAUCUGUAGAGGCAGUAUAACCGCCCUUCGGCGUAACGCACCAGCUUCUGCAUCUUUACCUGUAUGGCCAGUAUAACUGCCCUUCGUCACAACACACCGCUGAGCUUUGUAGACACACAACACUGC